AUGAGCAACUUUCAGCAGACAGCAGGGCUAUUGAAGACCCUCAUGAGCAGCCUCAUGUCGUCGGAUAACGACGAGCGCACAAAGGCCGAGGGCUCGCUAAACACCGAGUGGGUGGCAACGCAGCCGCAGACACUCCUGGGCAGUCUGGCCUUCCUUGUACACCGGGACACCGACGCUCAGGCACGCGCCUUUGCCUCUAUUCUGCUCCGCCGGAUCUCCUUCCAGAGCGCCAAGGCGACCGAGAACAAGGAGGACGAGCAGACUGUGUGGAACGUCGUGACGGAUGAUGUGCGCAAGGUCGUGAUGGGAGAGCUGCUCGGGUCGCUGCAGGACGAGACCGAGAGGGGCGCCCGCCACAAGCUGUGCGACACGAUAUCCGAAAUUGUGGACAACGAAGGUCAGGACAGCUGGCCCGAGCUGUUGCCGGCACUGUACGUGUGCGCGCAGAACGGCAGCGAGCUGCUGCGCGAGAGCGCGUACCGCAUCUUCGCGCGGUGCCCUGAGCUUCUGGCGUCGCAGAGCAAUGCAGCGGUCAACGCAGCGUUCAGCAGCGCGUUCCAGGACUCGGACGCGGCAGUGCGCCUGGCAGCGCUGCAGGCGGGCGUGGCGUUCAUCAUUGGCACAGACGAGAAGCAGCAGGCGGCCCUGGCGUCGAUGAUCGGCCCAAUGCUGGCGGUGCUCGAGCAGCAGCUGCACCUGGGCGACGAGGCCGGGCUCUUGGACGCGCUUCUGGCGCUGAUGGAGGCGGCGCAGGAGACGCCCAAAAUGUUCCGCGGCGUGCUCAGCAGCCUUGUGCCGUUCGCCACUGAGAUCGGCAAGAACAGCGAGCUGGAGCCACGCACGCAGCAGGCGGCCGUCGAGCUGCUGGUGUCGCUGGCCGAGGCGGCGCCCGGCAUGUGCCGCAAGAACACCCAGUUCUGCCAGCUGCUGGUGCCCGUAUGCAUGCAGAUGAUGAGCAGCGUUGAGGACGACGAGGAUUGGCACACGACGGACUCGCUGGACGACGAAGAGAACGACGAGGCAUGGGUGUUUGGCGAGCAGACGAUGGACCGGUUGGCGAUUGCGCUGGGCGGCAAGCAUCUGCUGCCCAUUGCCUUCCAGUUCAUCCCGCAGAUGCUGCAGUCGGCCGAGUGGUCGCAGCGCCACGCUGCGCUCUCCGCCGUGUCAUCGAUCGGCGAGGGCUGCUACAAGAUCAUGCGCGGCGAGCUGGCGCAGAUCCUGGCGCUGGUCACCGUGGCCUUCGACGACGUGCACCCGCGUGUGCGCUACGCCGCCUGCAACUGCGUCGGCCAGAUGUCCACCGACUUUGCGCCGACGCUGCAGGAGAAGCACGCCAGCAUCACGCUGCCGCGCCUGGUCAACGCCAUGGGCGACUCGCACCCGCGCGUGCAGGCGCAUGCCGCGGCCGCCAUGGUGAACUUUGCCGAGGAGGCGUCCAAGGCCACGCUGGAGCCGUUCAUGGACACGCUUCUGGAGCGGCUGCUGGCCAUGCUGAGCAACGAGCGCCGCUACGUGCAGGAGCAGGCCAUCACGACCAUCGCGACGCUGGCCGAAAAUGCCCAGAGCAGGUUCGUCAAGUACUACGGCACCAUCAUGCCCAUGCUGCUCAACGUGCUGGCGCAGGCCACUGACUCGGAGCACAGGCUGCUGCGCGGAAAGGCCAUGGAGUGCGCGACGUUCAUCGCGGUGGCCGUUGGCCGUGACGUCUUUGGCCCCGACUCGGCGCGCCUGGUCGAGCUGCUCACCGCCGCCCAGCACGCCGUCGCCGACGCCGACGAUCCCCAGGCGAGCUACCUGCAGCAGGCGUGGUCACGGCUGUGCACGCUGCUGGGCGCCGAUUUUGCGCCGAUUUUGCCGGUCGUCAUGCCGCCGCUGAUCAAGGCCGCCGCGCAGCAGCCCGAGUUUGCCGUGCUGGAGCACGAGGACGACCCCGAGGCCGACUACUCGGCCGAGGACGGCUGGGAGUUCACCACCAUGGGCAACCAGCAGAUCGGCAUCCGCACGACUGGCCUGGAGGAGAAGUUCGAGGCCAUCGAGCUGAUCGGCUUCUACGCGCGCGAUCUCGGUGCCGCCUUCCUGCCCUUCGUGCCGCAGACUCUGGAGAUCAUGAUCCCGCUGUUCAAGUUCUACUACCAUGAGGGCGUGCGCACCGCCGCCGCCGCCGCCGUGCCUCAUAUUCUGGCCGUCGUGCGCGAUGCCGGGGACACUACCGCGCUGCGCCAGGCGUGGGGCCCCAUCUGCGAGAAGUACAUUUCGGUGCUUGAUGGCGAGGAGGACGACGUCUUUGCCAUGCAGCUGUUCAGCUCCUUCGCCGAGGUCGUCACCAUUGUCGGCGAGCAGUGCAUGGCUGGACAGCAGCUGCAGGAGUUCACCGAGGUGUGCGUCAAGAUGAUGACCAAGUACUACAAGCGCAUGAAGGACCGCGAGGCGGCGCGCGCGGCCGACGAGCUGGACGAGGACGACGAGGAGCAGCUGCUUGAGGACGAGCUCCUGGAGGGCCAGGCCGUCGACGAGGUCGCCAAGGCUAUCCACGCUGUGCUUGUCACCCACGGCGCUGCCUACGUGCCCCUCUUCCAGCACAUGCUGCCCGUGGCAUCCAAGUACCUGCAGGAGCGCGACCCGGCUGCGCGCCAGUGGGCCAUCUGCAUCUUCGACGACUUGGUCGAGUUUGCGGGACCCGCGUCGGCGCAGUUCGCCGGCGAUUUCCUCGAGGGUGUGCUGGCGGCAGUGCGCCAGAACGAGUCGCCGGAUCUGCGCCAGGCCGCGGCAUACGGCGUAGGCAUCAUGGCGAAGAAUGGCGGCGAUGCCUAUGCCGACUUUGUUGUGGGCUCUGCGCUCCCUGCCAUGAUCGAGCAGCUCAGCAAGCCCGAUGCGCGCGAGACUGAGAACAUCUUUGCCACAGAGAACAUUGUCUCGGCCCUGUCCAAGAUCAUGCGCGUCUACGGUGCUCGCCUGGGCGCGGACAUGCCGGCUCUGCUGCAGACGUGGUUCGCCGCCCUGCCCGUCAGCAACGACGAUGACGAGGUGCCCGCGGUGUACGAGUACCUGGUCCAGGUGCUCACCGAGCAGCCCGAUGCCCUGCUGGCUGGAAACGACCCCAGGGCACUGACGCACCUGGUCAAGUCCGUCGUCCAGGCCCUGGCCAUUUGCAACCUGUCGCCAGAGCUCACCCAGGCGCUGCUUACCGUCAUGCAGAGCACCAUGGCCUCGUUCGAUGAUGCUGGCAAGGCUGCCUUGUGGUCUGAGAUUCCGCGUGAGCAGCAGCAGGCCCUGCAGUCCAAGGGUCUGAUCUAA